AUGUCGUUCAAAAAUGUUAUCAGUAUUAUAAUACUGUUACUAAUUAUUAUCGCUUGUGCCGUCCUUUUUACCCUACAGUCACUCUAUUUCAUCUUUCGCACUGCUGCUAGUACAGAGAAGGAACAAAUCAGAAGCGUCGAUGGCUCGCCUUUAACGAUACCAGCUCUCGUUAUUUGCAAUCGUAUGCCAUUUUCACAAGAUGGUGUCAAUUCAGUGACUGCGAAUUUGCGUCAGGAUUCAGCAAUGAGGUACCUGCUCGAAUGGACAAAUCCAUCGUUAAAGGAAGACGCUGAUUAUGUAGCAAUGUCACAGAGUUAUAUGAAUCAAGGACAAACAAUCUUGUUCCAAUAUCUACCUCAGAAUAUCCGAAACCAAAGCAUUAAUCACAUGGAGUAUAUGUGCCAGAGCGUAAUCAACAGCUGUAGUUACCAGGGUAUCUUGAUACAAGCGUACGACUGUUGUAAAAAUAUCCUCUAUCAAGUACCAACAACGCAUGGACUCUGCUGGGUGUUCCACGACCGUUCAAUGUCACAAAACUCAUCAUCAUCUCUAAAACAGUUUGCAAUAACCUUUCAGACGUCGCGAAAUUCGUGGUAUAUGCAACAAACGACGCCUUCUCAUCCUGGUGUGGAUAUUUUUUUGAGAGAAAACGCCGAUGACGUAGUUGCCCUUGUGAAUCAACUGGAGAAUCCAAUUCGAUUGCUGGACAAAAAGGGAAUUCGGCUAAAAAUGCGUAAAGAGAAAAAAGCUGACACCCGGCAUUCUCAUUGUGGCCAGAGUCUCGGUGAAGCCCAGUCGGCAGACAGAAAUGCGCGGCAAAACAACAGAACCAAUUUCUUGAUGUGUUCUAUUAUGGUUUCAAUCCAAUAUUGCCAGUGCCACCCGUUAUUUGCUGAGAUGAUACCGUAUGACAUCCGGAAGUUCAGGGACUUUUCCAUUCGAGUGAAUUCGACACAAGUUUGUACCAUCGACCAAUAUGAAGCCUGCGCAAGAAGAUAUGUAGAUGUCACACGACCCUCUGCGUGGACUAAUCCUAUUCCCAGCGAUCUGCCUGGUGCCGACGAGGUCGCUGCAUGUCGGAAAGACAAUCCGUAUCCAUGCGAAUUGACUUCAUAUCCUGGUACAGUAGAUCAGUACGAUCUUCCAGCAGCGUACCAAUCAACACAAGAUUAUGUCGCUCGACUUGUUCUUGAGUAUAGCACUAUGCGCGUAACUGAAGUGUUGGUGAGCAAAGAUCCCAGUCUGUACGAAUUGCUGAGCUAUAUUGGCUACAACAUCGCCACAUGGUUCGCUAUAGGACAUAUCAUCUGGAGCGUCUACGUGUGGAUCCGAGACAUCAUGUGCUGCUCAAAUAAGAUAUCCCCUGAAUCACCUCGGAGGGCGUUCUCUAUCUCAAAUCCGAUAGAGGUUCAGCCGAUCGAAAAUGGCAAAGAAAAUACAGAUGCAGAAGAAGCCUCAUGA